AUGUGUGUGGCUUCAUUAAAGUUAAUGGCUUCGAACGCGUCACCGUUUUCACUUUACGUUAAUGACAUUUCGGUGCCUGCGGCGAAGACGACGAUGAGGAAGCACGUCUGUGGUGGAACAGGGAGGCCGGAUCGGAUCGGAUCGGAUCGGAUCGGAUCGGAUCGGAUCGGAUCGGAUCGGAUCGGAUCGGAUCGGAUCAAAUCGGACGGGACCAGACCAGACCCCGUCGAAUCGAAUCCAACGACUUGA